AUGAGCCAAGAGCAGCCACGUAGACUUGACCAUGAACCGAUUAAGUAUGGUGAGGUUUUCAAUGUGUCUGGCGAGUUAGCAUCCAAACCCAUCACGCCAAGAGACGCUGCUACAAUUCAAUCUGUGGAAAGCCAAGUAUUGGGUCAGACUCGAAGAGGUGGUCCUGCAGCAGUGAUGGAAUCAGCCGCCGCAAAAAACGAGAGAGCUGGUCUUGUCAGCCACAACGCCGUCACAAACCUUGCCAGAAACGAAGGCGUUACCAUAUCCGAAACAAAUGUAGGAAACAACCGUGUCAUCACGGAGACACUUGGUGGACAGGUUGUGGGGCAGUUUGUGGACGGUGCAGAUGAGCCCAAGGGGACUAUAACUGACGAUGCAACCGGAUCAACGGUGGAUGAAGGUGUUCUUGACUCUAUGGGAGCUCCUAAAGUUAGAGCAAGCGAAGACUAUGAUUUCAUAAGCAACCAAGGUGCUGCCAGUACUCUAAAUGCUAGGCUUUCUAGCGACGAAGAUAAGAAUACAGAGUCCAAUGUUUCAACGGUGCAACAUGAAAAUCCCGAUAUUAUAAGUAGCGUACCUGGUGGCAUGGGAGCAUCCAUGGCGACCGCAGAUCACAGGGUUGCUAAAAAUAAAUGA